GUUCUCGCGAGCGGGACCCUUCUGGCAGGCAGCAGAUGCAGAGCGAUGAGGGCGGAAAAGGAGUUUAUGACCGAAAGUGGGGAAAGAAAGAACGUCGACAUACACUUCAGGGACCUUCCAAGGGACCAAGACAGCGUCACAACCAAUUCUAAACCCAAAGAAGAGAAAAAAGAAGUUUUUACAAAGGUAGUUCUUCGGCGAUUGCCACCCAGUCUGUCAAAGGACCAGUUGGAAGAACAAAUCAGUCCUUUACCUGCUUUCGACUAUUUCGAAUUCUUCUCAGCCGAUCAAAGCCUUUAUCCACACCUCUUCUCAAGAGCAUACAUUAAUUUCAAAAACCCCGAAGAUAUUGUUCUCUUCAGAGACCGUUUCGAUGGCUAUGUGUUCAUAGAUAACAAAGGUCAGGAAUAUCCUGCCAUUGUAGAAUUUGCACCAUUUCAGAAAGUUUCUAAGAAGAAGCUGAAGAAGAAAGACACAAAGGCCGGAAGCAUUGAGGAAGAUCCGGAGUACAGGCGGUUUUUGGAAAACUACUGCUGUGAUGAGGAGAAGGUGACAGCAAACCCUGAAACACUGCUGGGAGAGAUCGAGGCCAAGACCAGAGAGCUCAUAGCCAAGAGGACAACGCCGCUUCUAGAGUACAUCAAGAACAAGAAGCUUGAGAAGCAGGUAGGAGCCCUCCUGAAGAAGUGUGACCGAGACGAAGAUGGGGAUUCGGACAGACUGAAGGACAGAGCGGACGGUGGAGAGUCGGACAGAAGCAAACUGGACAAACCCUCUGGGCACCUGAAGACAAAACACCUGGACAAGGAAGCGAAAGACAAAGGCCAGGUGGAGAGUGACAGAGAGCAGAGGGAGCAGGGGCGGCGGCCACGGGAGAAGGAGGCGGGCGGGGAGCGGCACCGCGGGCGCGAGGAGGCGCGGCGGCGCCACCGGCACCACUACGAGCUGGACAAGUUCACGCGCCGCAAGGAGGAGACCAAGUGGGGCAAAGGCUACUGCCAGGACCGGGCCAAGAAGGACGGGCACCCGCACCACGGCUACGGGCACUGCCCCAGCGCGGGCGACAAGGCGGGCAAGGACGGGCGCGAGGACGCGGGCAGCAGGAAGGAGCGCAUCCGCAACAAGGACCGUCCCACGAUGCAGCUGUACCAGCCGGGGGUGCGCAGCCGCUCCGGCGCGGGGUCGGGGGGCGCAGGCCCCGACUGCUUCGGCACCUCCCCUGAGUGGGGGGCGGAACCCAGGUUCGAGAUCGCCAUGGGAACCGGCUCGGAGAAGAGCGGGGACGAGUAGCCGUGGCCGUCGUCGUCGCCCCCGGCAACCAAGCGGGAGCUGGUUCCGUCUCAGACAGAGAGCACAAAAAAAACGUUUCGCCCGCGUUUCGUCCGUCCAUCACAAACGUCCGUCCAUUUCUCGCGUCGUGCUGUGAACAGACGCCGUGCGCACAGGCUGCCCCGUCAGCGAGCGACUCCGGACCGGAUCUGGCCCGAUUCUGGCCCGGAGUCAGCGCUGCCGGGCCGGAUCUGGCCCGAUUCUGGCCCGGAGUCAGCACUGCCGGGUCGGAUCUGGCCCGAUUCUGGCCCGGAGUCAGCACUGCCGGGUCGGACUCGGUGCAGAUCCGGCCCAGAGUCGUUUGCCGUCUGGGGAGCUGUAACUAAGCUGUGUUAGAGCUUCAUGACAGAAGCCACUGCCUGAGAAUAGUUAUAUUUAUAUACAGUACUAAAAUAUGUUUAGGCUUGGGGGAUUUCAGAGUUUAUGUCUGAAUCGUGCUUUACUCUUAAACAAAGAAAUCUGUUCACAUGAAGCCAGAGGGUUUAAGGGAAGAUUAUUUAGAAAUUUGUUGGCCCCAAGUCAGUGACAUCGCUCUCUGUCCUUUUAAAGGCUAUAAACGCAUAAAUGAUGUGACUUUAAAGAUGGAAGGGUUUGAGGAUGAGGGGUAGGUGACAGGCACAGGUGAUAAUAAUGUCUAAGCAAUCUGAUUUAAAAAAACAAGAAGCACCAGUUCUGCUUGAGUCGUUAUAGACAGCUAAAGCUGAUGGAAAAUUUGUAGAAAUCCUCCAAAUCCUGACAUCGUUUUAUAAGAAAUGCACUUAUAGUAACAUAUUUUAACUGUGUCCCCCCAUAUGCCUGAUCAUUGAUACGGAAUACCUCGAGAUCAAGAAAUAAAUAUAUUAUUUUUCAUAUUUUCUAGUUAACCAGAGCAGAUUCCCUUGGCUGGCAGAUAAUUUAUAAAUGAAAUAUAUCACUCUUUAUCAUGAAGAAUAUAUAUAUAUAUAUUAAGCAGUGAAUUGUCUGUUUAAAGUGUACGUAACCUAUCUACAUAGUAGAAUAUAGAACUUUUGAGAUAACUUUAUAUUCCUGUGCAUGAUGCUCAGCAGUAAUAUUUCCUGUUCUUUUUCCCCACAUCUUAAAUAUCCCACUAUAAUCUAAUGAAGUGACAUCAUUUAUUUUUUACAAGCCAUCUUGAGUUGUGUAUUAUUUUGAAAAACAUAAUACUUUGAAACCUAUGUGUAUUUCUGUAUUCGAGGAGCGUGAUAUAUUUGUAGAUCCAGUCUGAAAUAGUAUUUAUCCGUGAGCCAAGAAGAACAAAACUGAGUAUUCCUUUAUCCUCAGAGGGAACAGUGAACAGAGUAGAGUUUAAUACAAGUGAAAGUAUUUUAAUUUUAUAUACAGUGUGCAUGAUUUUCUACAAAUUCGCGACAUUUAUAAUUCAGUUGAUGCCAGUGCUAUAAAAUGCACCCCUGUGUAAAACAUGCCUUAGCUAUUUAUGUGCACAUUGCAAAUGCAUAUUGUUAUAUUUAAAUGUUUAGUGUAUAAUUAUCCUUCAUUAACUUUCAUUACAGAACUUUAUUAGAAACACAAUAAUGUAAAAAUGUUUGAGAGGUCAGUUAUAGUGGCUAAAGCGAGUAACUAAACUGUGUGUAUGUGGCUGAUGUCCUCUGUAUACAUGGCAAAAAAAUUAAGAAAAUAAACAUCAUUAUGUCAUCUUUAAGCAGUAAUAAAUUCUGAGUGAACUGA